AUGACGGUAUCGACUGAGCCAGCCAAAAGGGUGGGAAGGCCAUCGAAGCCGGUACGACAGGGGAAGUCGCCGGGUAGACCGAAGAAGGUGGUUGCAACAGGUGGCGAUGGCGAUAAGGUGGUCUCGAAGGGAACGAAGCGAGGCGCGAAGGGGGUUACGGUAGCUGGAUCGGGGGCUGGCACAGUGCCGAAGACAAAAAAGCCAAAAAUAGCAGUGGUGCAACGCAAGGGGAAAGGCAAGAGGGGUCAGUAG